AUGCGUUCACUUCUAACGCGUCGUGUGCGUUUCUAUCGACACUUGAGCCAUUUUCCUAUUGUGUCGAGAAUCGCGAGCAUCUCCUCUAUCUCUUCAUCUAAUAACGGCAAUGUACCGCUCUCUACAGCCUCCACCCUAAGCCAAAACCUGGUGUUAACAUUGACACCUGCCGAAGAUUCGCUUUUUUCGUUUCUCGAGUACAUCCAGCGAUUAUAUGCCCCUAAAACACAAUUGCGAGUUGCUGGUGGAUGGGUUCGUGAUAAACUUCGUGGUACUGAAAGUGAGGACAUUGAUAUUGCACUGGACAACGUCAUGGGUGCGAAAUUCGCACAAUUCAUAACGACAUUCCAGCGGGAACGGAAAUUGCCUCCAAGUUCUGUUGGAGUUGUUAAAGCCAAUUCGAACAAGUCCAAGCAUUUAGAGGUGGCGACGGUGAUGAUUGAAGGGGCCGUGGUGGAUCUCGUACAUCUCCGAGCGGAGGAAUAUACUCAAGAGAGUCGAGUUCCAGACGUUAAGUUUGCAACUCCAGCAGAUGAUGCGAGUCGAAGAGAUUUGACUAUCAAUGCAUUGUUUUAUAACUUGCAUACGAAACAAGUGGAAGAUUUUACGGGGAGAGGAGUGCAGGAUUUGAAAGAGGGGAUCAUUCGUACACCGAGAGACCCAGUGCAGACUUUUCUGGACGAUCCGUUACGGGUAUUAAGAGCUCUGCGAUUUGUAUGUGAGUUUCAAUUUACGCUCGAUCCGGCGCUAGAGAGGGCUGUGCUUGAACAGAGAGAGAUCGUAGAUGCCAUGAGAAGGAAAGUCAGUCGUGAGCGCAUUGGAAUUGAAGUGCGCAAGAUGCUUUCGGGCAAGGAUCCUGCACGUGCCUUCAGUCUAUUGCGGAAGUUUGACCUGCUCGAUUUGGUAUUUAACGACACUGCUGGUAAGGUGGGCAAGGAAGAAGAAGCUGAUAAAGUAGAAGACGAUGGUUUCAAGUACUCGCCGCGCGAGUGGACCGAGUCAAUCCAGACUCGUGCCUUUCACUAUCUCAACUAUCUACAGCACAGUCGUCUGGCGCUGGCGCAGUGCGAGAUAUCAAAUGUAGAGUCAACAGCCGCCAUCUUUGCGCCUCUCUUUCUGCGAAAACUACCCAAUGUUACGCUUGAUGGCUUCACGAGAGUGGGCCCACCUCUUCACAACGAGUUUCACGGGAUUACUGAGCAAGAGAUUAUAGCUAGUUCGCUCGAGUUCCUUGACCGUCAGAAAAAAAUUGUCGCCGCACUUGACUCGACUGAAAUUGUGGAAAUGCUGAAAGUGCAUGUGAAGUGGCCAAAACCAGCAGGAAAGCGUGUGGCCUUGAUCAUCGAAGCUAUUGCCACAUAUCCCGAGCACGAGUCCAAUGGUUUUGCAUCAUGGCACUUGUCAAAAGAAGACCACGAAAAUUGCCACCACUAUGAGGGUACAAAUAUGAAGCACCGCGUGCAGCAGUUCAUGUGGAUGAUGCAGUAUCACUCGGUUCUUGCGCCUGCAAUGACAAUCUUAGUAUCGGAUUGCAGCUUUAAUAAGCCGAGUGGGGAAGAAGUGGAUCCAAAAGCACAAGAAGUGGCGCUCAAGGCAUCUCUCGACCUGGCACAUUCGUAUACAAAGAGCGACCGAAAAGGUGACAAGGCGAGUCAAUGUCGUCGCCUUGAUGGCAAGACUGUGCGGACUUGUCUUGGUCCUGGCUCUAGUAGAAACAUCGCUCAGGCUCUUCGGGUUUUGCACGUAUGGGAAAAGGCCCAUCCGAACGCAAGCAUUGAGGACGAGCUGAUGUUUCUAGAUCGACUAGCGCCUCUGCUCGUUACGUUCAUCUGA